AUGGCCGCACGCUCCUCCAUGGCCCAAUCGUCGCCGCCGCCGGGGAUCCUCGAGCACCAUCAUCCUGGCAUGCAGUCCAUGGCCGCCUCCCCAUGCAGUCCCUUUCUUGCUGUCGGCGGAAAUCCUGUCAAUCCCUUCCUCUUCUCCUUCUCUUCCUCCAGUGAUCUUUGCUGGAUCCUGCCGCCGUCAACACCAGGCAUCGGAACCCCGGCCCUGCACUCCAUCACCGCGCCCUGUCUUCUUCUCGCUGCGGCUGCUCCACAUCGCACCUAUUUGCCCAGCAAAAUGCUGCACUUUUGGUGCAAAACCGUCAAAGAUGAACUCAACAAUCUCCGAGGCGAUGGCACAACCAAAAAGUACGAGGAGUGGGACCGUGUGUACCGCUAUGACUACUACAACGACCUCGGUGAGCCGGACAAGGGCUAUCCGCGCCUGGUUCUCGGCGGCACCCAGGAACUCCCCUAUCCCCGUCUUGGCAGAACUGGCCGACCCCCAACAAAAACAGACCCUAGAUUGGAGAGCAGAAUUCCUCAGUACAAGAUACAGGAGGCCCUCAACAUCACUGUCUCGCGUGAUGGUAUUUAUGCAUCUUCCUAG